AUGCAGCACGAAAAACGGAAGCGUGUGUGGGAAACUGCCAAUCCUGUAGCGCACCAGGAGUCUGUCAAGCAGGAGAAGGAGGUCGAGAAAGAUCUCGAGGUCGCAUAUGGAGCCGCGGAACCGCGGUAUCCCGGCAGCGGCACGGCCGAGGACCCAUACAUCGUUGACUGGGAUGUAGAUGACCCAGAGAACCCCUUCAAUUGGUCGAAGACGCGAAGAUGGGUGCUGACAUUCGAGCUUGCUUAUGCAACAUGGACAUCGUCAUUCUGCAGCAGCUCAUACAGUGCCGGUCUGCAUUAUUCUACCAUAGACUUACACAUAUCUGAGGAGGUAGCCCUACUCGGAAUCUCUUUGUUUGUGCUCGGGUUUAUUUUUGGACCAUUGCUAUGGGCACCCCUCAGCGAGAUGUACGGACGCCGGAUAGUCUUCAUAGUCUCGUAUACCGCAUUCACCCUCCUACAUCUCGGCGGCGCCCUGUGCAAGAACGCCGCAACACUCCUAGCUACCCGACUAUUAGCUGGUAUGUUCGGCGUGUCGCCCUUCACGAACUCUGGUGCUGCGCUGGCGGAUAUAUGGCUUCCUCGGGAUCGCGGUGUCGCGUCCUCUUUAUAUGCAAGCGCACCAUUCCUCGGACCAGUCGUCGGGCCAAUCAUCGGUGGUUGGGUGUCCACUUCGCACCUCGGCUGGAGGUUUAAUUUCUGGAUAAUGUUCAUGGCCUCAGCUAUAGCCUUGCUUGGCUUCGUCUUCAUCUUGCCUGAGACUUAUGGACCGGUGUUGCUUAGAUGGCGGGCAAGAAAGCUGCGGAAGGCAAGCGAAGGCAAGGCUAUCUACGUCUCGCGCUCCGACGUCGGCCGCUCACGAGAUCGGCUCGCGCACUUCCGCACAAACCUCGCGCGGCCCUUCCUGUUCAUGGCGACCGAGCCGAUUGUCCUGCUCUUCGCGGUCUACGUCGCGGUCGCCUACGCGAUCCUCUACGCCUUCUUCGCCGCGUACCCCAUCGUGUUCCAGCAGCAGCGCCACUGGUCGCCCGGCCUCGGCGGCCUCGCAUUCAUCGGCGUGGGCGUGGGCACGACGUUCGGGAUGUGCCUCGCGCCCGUGCAGAAUCGGCUGUAUUGGGCGGCGAUGGCGAAGAGCCCGACGGGGCGCGCGCCGCCGGAAGCACGGUUGUAUUCGCCAAUGUUUGGCGCCGUGUGCUUGCCUGUUGGGUUGUUCUGGUUUGCAUGGACAUGCACACCCUCGCACCACUGGAUCCUGCCCAUCAUGGCGGGCGCGCCCUUCGGAACCGGCGUAGCGUUGGUCAUGCAGGGCGCGACACAGUACCUUAUGGACACAUACCAGAUUUACGCCGCCAGUGCGCUGGCAGCGACUGUCGUCCUCCGCUCGAUCUGCGCGUGCUUCUUCCCGCUCGUGAUCCCCAUCAUGUACAGGAACCUUGGGGACCACUGGGCGGGUACCGUGUUCGCGAUUUUGACGGCGAUUUGUAUGCCCCUGCCGUGGCUUCUCUGGGCGUACGGCCCUGCGAUACGAGAGCGUUCACGCUAUGCCAUUAAAGAUGCCGUUCCCUCUGGUGGUCCGAAGAAUUGACGAAAAUAUUGCUGCGCCUGUAAGAUCCCCUUUGGGUAAUUCACUGACGCACUGAGAUGAUGAUACGAUGAUGAACCGGAGGACAUUUUUACGCCUUGAUUAUGGUGCACGACUGUUCGCACAGGAUGCGACGCUAGACUAAUUGUAAUAGAUGUUUUGAGGCCGCCCUAUUUGUUCCAUACUGCGUGUGCUCGCUGGAUUGUUGUUCAUGUUCAUGCCGGAUAGCUCAUGUUUGAGUCGUGCUCAACCUCCGACCGACGGUUGCGUCGCUUUCAGAAUGC